AUGUCUGCUGCUGCCGCACCCAAGCCGCCGAAGGCUGCCAAAUCGAAGAAGGCACACGCUGACCAUCCGCCCUACUUUGACAUGGUUAAACACGCCAUCAAAGAAUUAAAGGAACGUAAUGGUUCAAGCCGACAGGCUAUUGCGAAAUACAUUAAAGCGCACUACAAAGUGGAUGACAAGGCCGACCACCAUUUGCGGAGGGCUCUGGUUACUGCUGUUAAGUCUGGCAAACUUGUUCAUACUAAGGGGAUGGGCGCAUCCGGUUCUUUCAAGCUGGCCGAGAAGGCUGCUGCUCAUGUCGCCGCACCUAAAGUUCACAAGGUAGCGAAAACACCGAAGAAAGUUGCAGCCAAAAAACCCAAAGCACCGAAACCUUCUUCUGCGAAGAAACCCAAGGCGCCGAAGCCAAAAGCUGCUAAACCUAAGAAGGCGAAAACACCCAAAAAGCCGAAGACCAUAAAGCCAAAGAAGCCCGUGGCGAAGAAGACCCCGAAGAAAGCGGCGGCAAAGAAGGCCGCAAAGUAA